AAUAUGGUCCAAGCCACAGGCUCGAUACCAAAGCCACCCAUCUAGCCUUAGUUUGUCGAUAAUGUCCAAUGAGUUGCUCAAAAAGAAAUUUCAAGCGGAAGUCAAAACUCCUAUAUCUCAGGCCUCACCCUAAUUUCUCUCUCCUCUUUUUCCAAAUUUUCAUUCAGCACAAAAAUGUUUGAUGGUUGGAGAAUCAUAGCAUCAGUGACUUUAUUUGCUACAUUAUUUGAUAUAUACCUAAAUCAUUUUACCUUUCCAUCUUGCAAUGUUAUUUUACCUUCAAAUGUUAAUUCUAAAGCAGAAAUCUUUGCUGAUUUUGAGGAUAAUCCUCAAGAUUUGACCGCCAUUCUUGUUUCUAAUUUGCUCUUAAGUGGGACAGAUUCUUCUUUCGUCGAUGUUUUCUUCAGAGACUUCUUCAUGUCUCAAUUUCUCUCGAAAUCUUUUGAAAGUUUGAAGCCUGAUAUGCUUUUGAUCCUCGGAGAUGUUUCUACCAAAGGAUUUCAGUUGACAAGUGAAAAUUGGUCAUCUUUGGUACAACAAUUUGAAAGGAUGUUAGGUCCCUACCUUCACCUGCCUUUUCAUGUUACUUUGGGUGACAGGGAUAUUGGGGAAUGUAGUAAGUUGAAGGCCAGCUUAGUUCACCGUGUUGCUAGCAGUUUUCCACAACUGAAUCAUGGAGGGUGUGGUAGCUUUGAAAUGAGCAAUGUUAGUUUUAUCUCACUCAAUGCCAUGGCAUUGCUUUGUGGCAACAAUGAACUUCUAUCAGACGUGGAGACAGUAAUUGAAAGGGAAAGUGCAUAUUUACAAACAAGAACUGAAGAUGGAAGAGAACAAAGAGUCAAAGUGACUGCAGCCAGUGAAGUUUCCUAUCAGUACAGAUGGAGAGACAAUCCUACAUCAUCACAAUCUGGUCCUGUCCUUUUGCUUCAUUUUCCCUUGCAACAGAUAUCAAAGAGAUAUUGCAGUCAAGAGAGCAGCUCCAGUACCAUCUGGAAUUAUUUUCCAGACAGUCUAAAGUUACUACGGAGUGCUUUCAGGACCGAUGCUGAUUCUGGCCCAUAUGACUUGCUGCAAACUGUUCCACCAAAUGCAACUGAAUACAUCUUUCAGGCACUUAAACCCAGGAUAGUUUUUAGUGCUCACAGUCAUGAAUUUUGUGAUAUCAUACACCCCGAUGGGACUCGGGAGGUAACAGUUCCAGCCUUGGCAUGGAAAGCUAAGGAUGAUCCAGGUUUUGUCGUUGCUACUUUCAGAAAGAAUGGAGAUGUAACUGUCAAGCAUUGUUCAUUUCCUAGAGAAUCUCAUGUUGUUGUUUCUUGUAUUACCAUUUUUGCUUUGUCAAUAUCACUUGCUGUUAUAACAAAUUUGUUUCAUCGACUAAAUGUCAGACAUAAUAGAUGAUUUAUCAUCAAAGAUUUUGGUUAAUUUGUUGAAGAAAAAUAUCCUCAUUA